UUUAUAGAUACGUAUACUUAACUAUGUAAACACGAGUUGUGCUAGCUUUUGCAAAAAAUCAGGUUACGGGACUUUCUCGACUGUCACUGACUGCGUGCAAAUUUUUUUUGCUUGGAAUUAUCAAACUUUAUUGUUCAUACAAUCCCUUAAAAAGUGCAAAUAAUUUCAAACAUUGUGGGAAAAGUGAUAUUUCGAUAAAAGUAAAUAACUGAAGAGAAUAAAGAAGAAAGCUCUGCCCUUUUCUCCACAGCGGCCAACAACACUUUUGUAGAAGAACUCUUAGUAACUGAAGUAGUGCAACAAACUGCAAGAUGUCUGCAGCAGUCGCAACGCCAACACAAACAACUGCAGCGCCAGCAGCAAGAACUGUAAAUAAUAAUAAUAAUAAUAAUAUAAAUAAAGCGACAGCAACAAAAGUUGCCACCAACUCUGGCAGUGAUACAACGAGUAAGGCAAGCAAAAGUGCUGCAAAUAACAACAAUAAAAAUAAUAAUUCAAGCGACAACGAUAACAACAGCAAACAGCAACGUCUCAAAUAUAUUGCAAAUGUUGUGCGUGCCCUAGUGACAUCACGCAAGCCGCCGUGUAAGCUACGUGAAGUACUGCGCGAGUAUCCAGAAAUUGAAGGUGAACCAUUGAAUUUUCGUAAACACGGCUAUUCAACGGCCAAGGAACUAUUGAAGGCCACAGGCGAAUUUAGUUUUACACAGUAUGGUGAGGAGGUUUACAUAAGUGCGGCACCAAGCCAAAAAUCGGCGCACAUCUCGUCUAUGGUGAGACAGCAAAAGUCUAGUAAAUCGACACGCAUCACAGUGGCACCACAAGCGAGACAACCGAAGCGCUCCGAUCAAAGUUGGAACAAGAGUAGCUACUCAUCAAACGUCUACCAGCGUUUGCCGGCGACGGGUCAGCAGCAACAGCGCUGGCGUAGUAAUGUGAGCAAUACCGUAACAGCAGCAGCAGCUGGUAGUGGUGAUCGUAAUAAUAACAAUAAUCAACAGCAAAAUAAUAACAAUCGCAAUAGUAUUGCGAAGGAGAAAGACAAAACUGCACAACAACAAAAGCAGACUACACAACCGCAACAAAAGACUCAGCAACAGGCACCAAAGUCACCACAGAAGUCGCAGCAGACGCAAAAGUCUCAACCAGAGCAACAAAAACAGCAGCAGCAACAGCAAAAACCACAGACGCCUUUGCAGCGUCAAAAGUCGGCCGGUGCGUCGGCGAAUAAGCCCGAAAGCGGUGGUGAGAAGAAAGAUCUGCGCGAAAUGUUGAACGCAAAGGCAGCGCAGCUACAAACCAAUGGCGGCGUGGGUGGCGGCACCGCCAGCAAUGGCAAUAAGUUGGCGGGUGAGACGGAUCUACGUGAGCGUCUAAAUGCCAAACGACAACAACAGCAACAACAACAACAGUCUGUGGCGGAUCAACAGAAAUCGUCGCCGCGUCCCAUUUUGGGCCAGAACAACAAUUCGGCCAUUGCCAUUGCUUCGACAUUGAUAUUGGCGCAGCGUGAGCAGAAAAUGAAGGAGCAGCAUCAGCAGCAACGCGCACAGCUAUUGGCGGCGCAACAAUUGCGUCAGCAGCAACAACAACAACAGUUGAUGCGGCAACAAGAACUCCAAAUGGAGGGGCGCCAACAGCAACUACAAGUGCAACAGCAGCAACAACAACAACAACAGCAUGCGCAACAGCUGCAACAACAACAUCAGCAGCAGCAGCAGCAGCUGCUGCAACAAACGCGUCAAUUAAUGAACGCAGCCGUGGCAAAACCUGGUGUUGGCGUCGGCUCGGUACAAGAUCGCUUGCGUAUACGCAUUAAUAAUAACAACAGCAACCACAAUGGCAAUGGUUUUUCUUCAUCAACAAAUGGCAGCAAUACACCAGAGACAUCACCGGCGCUAUCUUCAACGGGUUCUGACAAACUGCACUCAACGGCGAGUUCCUUUGCUGCUUCGGCGGCCAUGCAACAGCUGCAACAACAACAACAACCGCAAUUUCACAAGCAACGCUAUUUAGCAAAACAACAGCAGCAGCAACAACAACAGUUUGGCGAGGCCAAUGGCCAGCAUGUCAUACCGCCACGUGUUUUCCAAUUCAACCCUAAACUCGACCCGAUCACAUCGCUAACGCAAUACUGUGUGGUACGCCGCUAUGCGCCGCCCUGUUUCAGUGCGAUACGUUCGAAAUUCUCACGACUCUAUCAGUGUCGCGUCAACGUGAAUGGCACCAUAUUCUCCACAUACCCCAAUGAGUAUUUACAGGAACAUUUGGCGCAAAUUUCAUGUGCCCAAAAAGCUAUUGAACAAUUGAAAUUGCAAGAAGCACGACGUCCUUUGCCGUUGUUUUCGGAGGGCGAUGCCGAUCUCAUUGAUAAAUUAUACACAGAGCUGCAACAGCAUCCACAUGGCACAUUUGCCAAAAAUAUACCAGAAAUGUUCGAGGAGGCCUAUCAGCAAGCAUUGCCCGAACACUGGUGGACAUUGGUGCAGACAUCGCCCAAAUUCACCACUGAAUCGGCAGCCAAUAAUGCUGUGAUCGUAUUUGCCAACGAAGAGGCGGACAAAGAAAAGACCGGCGCAACAGGUGCAAUCAUACAAAUGGAUGGCAUUGCUUUGCCGUGGAAACAAAAAUACUGGCAAUUAUACACUACAUAUUGCGCCUCAACAGUGGAUGUGUGGGCGCGUCUCUUUGGCAAGGAGUACAGUGAACGUUUCGAUAGUGUGAUGAGUGAAAUCGAUGUGCACAUGUCCACACAAAAGACGCGUCCAUUAUCGCUAGCCUGCAAAAAUAUCUAUUUGGUGUGUAUCAAUGAUUGUUGGCAUCGCGUACGCGUGGAGGAGCUUGACAAACCCAAUGCGACUGCGCGGUGUUUCUUUAUCGAUUAUGGUGAUAGCGAUUGGGUGGCUGUGAGUGAACUGUACAUUUGUGAAACACAAUUUUUACGUUUACCAGCGCAAGCUGUACCGCUAUCACUAUUCGGUUUGGAAGAUUUUGCCGGCAAUCCCAAUGCCAGACGUCACUUGGAUGCUAUGUUGUCAAGCAAAUCGGUUGUGGGUGAGAUUUUGACUAAGGAAUGUGAUUUCUAUAAUACAGAAUCGAGCGCCUGUGGUAAAAUACAAGUAGUCUUGUACGAUACAUCAACUGAGGAGGAUGUGAAUUUGAAUCCGCUGCUCUUGAGUAAGAUUUGUGAUGAUACACCGCCACCAGAAAUUAAACACAAAGGCGCAACCAAUGUGCUGGUGUCACACAUAAGCGAUGAGGGUGAUUUAUAUUUGCAGAUACUCAAUACCGACUUUAAAUAUGUGCAGAAAUUAAUUCAACAACUCAUCGAAUCGAAAUUCAAACGCGAUCAGCACAAAAUCACAGCUACCGAUUUGAAACGUUCUAAUCUCUUUUUAAUAUGCGAUGAGUCAAACGGCGGCGACACACAAUGGUAUCGUGGCGCACUCACAGAAACGCCCAGUUAUCGCGUUGAGGACGAAGAAUUCGAUAUAUUCUAUGUGGAUCAUGGGAUUACGCGACGUACACAUAUUUCGAAAAUCUUCCGUUUAGAAUCAUUGAGUACAGCGUUAAGCAAAUUUCCGAGGCAGGCCAUACGGGCGCGUCUUCACAAUAUACCGCCUAUCACCAAGAGCAUUGUAGGACGCAUGCGCGCAUUACUGCCGGCUAAUUGUGCCGCAUUUGUUAAAAUGAACAAACCAGGCAAAAUGCCAUAUGUAACGGUCUAUCGUCGACAUGAAAGUUCUGACAUGCUGUGCAAUAUAAACGAGGAUAUACGCAUGGAAGCCGAAUUAGAAUGUUCCACGGCUUCUAAUGGCGAGGACGAUGAUGCACCCAUCAAUGGCAAACACUAUGGCCUGGCUAAGAACAGCAGUGGCGGCAGCAUAAUUUCACCAACAGCACAACAAACAUUUGUUGAAAUGACACGUGGUCUAACCAUGACCACGUCUGUGCCAAAUUCACCGCAAAAAGUAGCUGAGCUACCUAAAUUGCAAAAUUACCAUGCAAUACCCAAUGAUCCGAAUGAUUUUCUGGAAGUACGCGUCACUAUGUCGGCAAAUCCUUCCAAUUUUACGAUUCAACCUUAUAAAGACUAUCCACGCCUUCGUGAUCUCAUGAAGGAACUGCAGGAGUAUUGUGAAAAUAAUGAUGAAUUUAUACCGGCGGAUAUGGUGGAAAUUGGACAGGCCUAUGCGGCCAAGAAUCCAGAUGGUUUCUAUCAUCGCGUUGUUGUUGUAAACACCUACAAUGGUGAUAUGAUACAUGUUUGUUUCUGUGAUUUCGGUGAUAUAGCAAUAUUGCGUAGCGAUCAAUUGAAAAUAUUACCGGCCAAAUAUCGUCAAUUACCGAAAAUGUCGAUACAAGCUAAAUUGCAUGGUAUCAGCGCCACGCAUGGUGACUGGAGUCUGGAAGAUUGUUUACGCUUCCGUCAACUAACAGUUGGGCAAAAAUUUGUUGCAUCUAUAAAACGUACUACAUAUGAUAAAUUAGGUGCACCUGACACGCCAAUACUCGAUUUGGAAUUGAUUGAUGUGACAACGGAUGAAGAUGUUUAUAUACAUGAAAUAUUGCUGCAAGAGCAGCGUGCUGUAAAAGCUGGUCAAGUUGAAAGUAAAUAGAUGAUGACUGGCAAAAGAAUAGAAUAUAACUAAAAACUAGUGAGCGUAGGUUAGUUUUUUUUGUUAAAAGCAAUUUAAAUGAUUUGCGCGUUAUUUUUUCGGUUUUCUUUUACUAAAUUUUUUUUUAUCAUUACAAAUUCUUUGAAUUAUUUUAAAGCAAAAAAAAAUUAAAAAGCAUCUAACUUUAUUAUUGAUAAUAAUUGACGAUACGAAAUACAUACAUACAUUUGAAAACACAAGACUGUGUGUUUAAAUACUUAAAAAAGUACGCAAAUUGAGAUAUUUAAACUUCUUAUAUAUCUUAAUUAUCUAUUUAUUACUUUAAUCAUUUCUCAUUGCAUUUGUGCUUUCGUUCAAUUCUUUUUUAUUUUAAUUUUUUUUUUCCAAAAAAUGUUAAAAUUUACUAAACAACUCGCAUGCACUUAAAAAAAAAAGUAUCAAACUUAAAAUGCGCAUUGCAAAUUUCUAUAUUUGUUGCGAGUCGCGAAAACCACAUUCCGUGCAUUCGUUUUAACUCACACACACACACAUACACCAUACGUUUUCGCGUUAUUCAUUAAACUUAGCAUUUCAGUUGUUGGCUCCUCUCAAGCAUUGAAUUCUAUUAACGAAGUUAUUACUUUUUUCAUAAAUAUAUAUAUAUAUAAUAAAUGAAAUUAAUAAUAAAAUAUUAUUUUAUAUAAUUAUAAAAUAAAUGCAAUUAAUAAUUAAUUAACAAAACGAAAAAAAUAUAAUAUUCUUCGGUAUAUAUGCGUGAUUUUUGUAAGCAUAUGAAGAUAUCACUUGUUUAAGCAAAUUAUUAUUAUUUUUUAAUUGUUUAAAACAAAAUAUAGUUGUUUAAGUUAUUUAUGCGGUCUUUUGUAAUAUGUAUUAAUAGAAACAAGUAAAAACAUGAAAAAGAGAUAUGUAAAACAUUAAAAAAAAAUUGAAUGAGAAAAAGAAAAGAAAAGAUUUACAUAUUACAAAAAUAACUGUGUAGUUGGUGAAAAUGAAAGAAAAAAAACCGUUGAGAUAUUCAUAGACACGCACUGUGUCAACUGAUAUUAUUAUUUACUAAACAACAAACAACUACGAAAAGGCAAUUUAGAAAAUACUGUUAACUGUAUAUUACUAUUUAAUUGCAACAAAAAACCUUCUUUUCAUGCUAAAUGAGAGAAUAUAUUACAAGAAUGACGAUUUAACUAAAAAAAAAGUAAGCAUAAGGAAAUGUAAACGAUGAAAAACAAAAAAAAAACGAAAUUAAAAAAAAAAUCGAAGUGUAUUUAACAAAAUGGUAUUGCCAUUGAAGAUAUAGAGGAAAAAAAAACAAUAAUAUCCACAAAAUGUAAAAAAUAUGUACGAAAAAUAACAUUAUUCAGAGAGAAAUAUCCAUUUGAUGAUUAUAUCAUACUAAAUAAUUAGGCAGCUAAUAUAUGGUUUGUAUUGAAUCGAAGUUGAACAAAUUUUUCUUUGUCAAAGCAGAAUUUGUUAUUAUCAUAGCCAGAGCAUUAAAAUGUAAAGCGUGUGUAAUGCAAUUUACGUCCAAGUGAAUAGUUUCUAAGCUGCUGAAUUAACCCGACAGUUUUUACAUGUUUACUUUUUUAAAUAUUUAAAUUAUUAUGUAAAUAUUUAUUGUCAUUUUUCUAUUGCUGAAAUUCAAUUUUCAAAAAAUUCCAAACUCUUUGUUCAACUUCGUAUACACAACAAACAUUCGUUUUAAAACAUAUAUUUGCUUAGUGCAUAAACAUAAAUACAUAUACAUACGAAAACCAAAUGAUUAACAGUAAAAUUACAGCAACAUUCAUAUUUACCAGAUAUACUUACAUAUGUACACAUAGAUAUACAUAUAUGUACAACACAUACAUAUGCUACAUGGCAUGUACGUACGUAUUUAAGUAUCUAUGUACUCCGUAAAGCUCUUAUGUACUCGUAAAUACAUACUCUACAUAUGCAAUAAAGUGGAAAUCAAUGUGUAAAAUGCAAAUUAAAAAAA